AAUUUAUCACGUGACCGUACUGUUCGUUUCAGACCUGGACAAAGCAGUCACAUGAGCGCCGUACUUCCCGUUUGAAUCAGCUGAGAAAACGUCAAUGAUAUAUCCAAACAACUGCAAUUUGUCUCACUGUUUUUUGUUUGUUUAAUGUGACAAUAUGGGGGUCGUGUCCAAUCUUCUAUUUGGGCUGCUGUCCAACGUGCUGCUGAUUUACGCGGCGCCACUUUCACCUGUAAAUAGCAUUCACCUGACAAGCAUAGGGAGAUUCUGGCACAUCUCUGAUCUGCAUUUGGACCCCACGUACCAUGUGACUGAUGACCACACCAAAGUGUGUUUCUCCUCUAAGGGUGUCCCAGCCUCAAACCCUGGUCUGUUUGGAGAUUUCAUGUGUGAUUCUCCCUACCAGCUCAUCCUGUCAGCCUUUCAGCACAUGAAACAAGUGGCCCCACAGCCGGAGUUUAUGAUCUGGACAGGAGACAGCCCUCCACAUGUCCCUCCAGGGGAGCUGUCCACAGACGUGGUAAUCCAAGUCAUCAGCAACAUGACUCAAACCAUCAGGGAGUUCUUUCCAGACAUGCUAGUGUACCCCGCCCUUGGGAAUCAUGACUACUGGCCACAGGAUCAACUUCCGACAUCCACUAAUGAUAUUUACCAGGCUGCAGCCAAACUGUGGGAGCCUUGGUUAAAGCCAGAAGCCCUUGUAACUCUCAGAGAAGGUGGAUUUUACUCUCAGAUGGUACAGCCCAAGCUGCGACUGAUAAGCCUGAACACUAUCCUAUACUAUAGCCCUAAUAAAGUGACAGUGAAUAUGAGUGACCCGGCUGGACAGUUCCGGUGGCUGCAGGACACCCUGGAAGCAUCUGCUCAGAGCAGGGAGAAGGUCAUUGUAAUUGCUCAUGUUCCAGUGGGUUACUUGCCCUUUGCCAGGAACACCACCGCCGUCAGAGAAGCCUACAAUGAGAGACUUGUGAAGAUCUUUCGUGACUACAGUGACAUCAUCUCAGGGCAUUUCUAUGGCCACACUCACAGAGACAGCAUAAUGGUCUUGCAGGACCAACAAGGGGAACCGGUUAAUUCCCUGUUUGUCACACCGGCUGUUACUCCAAUCAAGAGUGCAGAAGAGCCAUACUCCAACAACCCAGCCUUCCGCAUGUACCACUAUGACCCGCAGGACUACAGGCUGCUGGAUAUUUGGCAGUACUACUUGAAUCUCACCGAAGCCAACCAAGAAAAAAGAUCUGACUGGAAACUUGAAUAUGUAAUGACUGAAGCGUUUGGAUUAAAGGACAUUCAACCACACAGCCUGUUUAAACUUGUCUUGAGUUUUGAAAUGCAGCAAAGCAAAGCAUUUCAAAAGUAUUUUAGCCAUUUUAUGGUGAGCUAUGAUGAUACCAUUGUGUGUGAUGGGGCCUGCAAGCUGACUCAGAUCUGUGCGGUGCAGUCCUUAGACCGUGCCUCCUAUUCCAAAUGUAUUGAAAAGGGACAUUAAAACAAUUAUCUUCUUUUUUUUGUGAGUUAAUCUGAAAAUUCAGGGAUUUUAUACGUGUAGAGAUAUUUCUUAUGUUUUCACAUGACCAUGAAAUGUAAAUGUAUUUUUUGUAAUACUCUCGAUUGAAUAAUUACAAAUCAAAUCAAAGUUUUUGUCACGUGCACCAAAUACAACAGCUGUAGUAGACCUUACAGUGAAAU